AUGAUCCUGCAAUACGGAAUGAGGCGCCUUUUUCGAACAUCUCCGAAACUCUUUGCUCUGUUGGGAAUCUCUUUGGCCGGAAUCAUUGUGCUUCACCAGCUGAGCUAUAUUACGGACCUUGCUUUCGCCAGCCCCUUGCCAGAGUCCAUCGAUUUGAUCAAAGCCUGCCGCCUGCCUGAAACCGAAACCGAUCCCGCACGCGAUACUCAGACACGAAUUGCGUCGAGCAUUCCUAAACUUGUCCAUCAAAUAUGGAAAACGACCGAUAUUCAUACCUACUCUACAGAGACGUCACACGAGUCAUGGAAGACUUCGUUUGAAGCCAUGAACUAUACUAUCAAGCUAUGGGCCGAGGAUGAUAUCGUCAGGCUUAUCAAUACUCAAUACCCUUGGUUGCUGCCGGUCAAUUAUUUCUUCAUGGCUGAGAGAGGAUCGGCAUUUAUCCAGUGGACACUUGAGGAGGCAAAGCGUCGCAGUGGUUCGGCGUCAAGCCGGAUUCUUCUACCGUAUCUUCGAGUUUUCUGGUCCACAGGGCCAAUGAUGGUCACUUUCGCGUUUGUGCAGUAUGUAUGCAUGCGCAGCCUAGCGGAUCACUAUUUGAGUGUUAUGCAGGAGCAAUAUGGAAGACCAUAUCGAUAUACAAACUCUGUGGUUUUCUAUCAUAUUGUUAGUUGCUGCUAUUGGACUUGUGUACGUAAUGUCUUGACGCGGCCAACGGAACAGGGCGGCUGCUAUGAGGACAAGCCCUAG